GGGACACUGAGCAAAAAUUCUUCCUCUGUUAACAGACCUUUGUUUAAAAGAAAGUCUGUUACCUUUGUAGUCUUUGUCCUUUUUUCAUUAUGGGAAGCUUCAACUCAGUUGGGUAAUAAUUAAUUUUAUAGCUAGUGUUUAGUCCAGAACUGAUUAUAUUUCCUUCUGAGCUGGAUAAAAGAAGUUGCUGGAUGUUUAUGACCGCAGGUUGAUGACUGAGUUGCAAGGGCUCUGUGUUGGUGAUGGUUCCGGGGACUUGGAAGUUCACUUCUUUAACUGAGAUGGACAUGAUAUAAUCUCCACUGAGUCAAAGAAUGGCAUCCAGUACUGAGCGUCCUACUGAAGAUGAACAGGUUUCCUUGGGCAUCGAUGAUCUCCAGAUUUCAUUGCAAGCUGAACAAGAACAUACUCAGAAGAAGACCUUUACCUAUUGGAUAAACUCACAGUUGGCAAAGCACCCGUGCCCCUCAGUUGUAUCAGACCUGUUCACAGACAUUAAGAAGGGGCAUGUCCUCCUGGACCUGUUAGAAGUACUUUCAGGACAACAGUUGCCUCGAGAUAAAGGAUCUAAUACAUUCCGGUGUAGAAUCAACAUAGAACAUGCUCUGACAUUCCUAAAAAACCGAUCAAUCAAGCUAAUAAAUAUUCAUGUUACUGAUAUUAUAGACGGAAACCCAUCCAUUAUUCUUGGCCUAAUUUGGACAAUUAUACUGCACUUUCAUAUUGAGGAGCUUGCCCAGACUCUUUCUUGCAAUUACAAUCAACCCUCCCUGGAUUGUGUGAGUGAGGUUGAUUCAUCUCCUACCUCAAGUCCUCCAGCUAAGAAAUGCUCCAAAGCCCAAGCAAGAUGGCAGAUCUCUGCAAAGAAGGCUCUUCUCUUAUGGGCUCAGGAACAGUGUGCCGCGUAUGAAUCUGUCAGUGUUACAGAUUUUAAGUCAAGCUGGAGAAAUGGAAUGGCUUUUUUAGCCAUCAUUCAUGCCUUGCGACCAGACUUAAUUGAUUUGAACAGUGUGAAGCAUAGAUCCAACAGAGACAAUCUGGAAGAGGCCUUCAGAAUUGCAGAACGAGAACUAAAAAUCCCCAAAUUGCUGGAACCUGAAGACGUGGAUGUUACUAAUCCUGAUGAAAAGUCAAUUAUGACCUAUGUGGCACAGUUUCUCAAGUAUUCAAAGGAUGUACCUGGGACUGGAGAGGAGACUCAGGGAAAGGUGAAAGAUGCUGGAGUUUGGCUAACUUUACAGGAGGAAAAGCUACAGAAGGCGCUAAAGGAUUCAGAAAAUGAGUCCUACUUUAAAAUGUAUGAAAGCCUACUGUCCUUUUUGAAAUCAUUCAAUGAAGAAAAAAAGCCCUUUUUGGACAUCCUGUUGAUGCAGAAGAACCUGGAUGAGCUGAGUGAAGAUCAGCUACAGUUGAGAAGAGCCUGGGAUGGCCUCAACCACCAGAUUAAUGUGUGGAAAGCAAAGCUGAACCAUGCCUUGCCCUCACCCCUCCAUCAGAUUGAAGCUUGGCUCCAGGAGAUAGAGAAUCUCCUAGAUGAAGAUUUGCCGGCCUCCUUGGAUUACACUGAAGCCAGGACUCAAACUCAAGAGAAAAUCACUUUAUUCAAGAGUCUGGUGGAUAAAUCUGACUGUCAUUUGAAUACUCUCUUGGCGUUUGAAAAUAGAGAUGAAAAGCAUUUGCUACUGGUACCACCUAGCAAACUGGAGGAAAUGAAGAGACGAAUCAACAACAUUUUAGGGAAAAAAUGCAUUCCCUGUCUAGAAAUUCAUUACCCUAUGUGCCCAGUUCUUGGUUUACUAGAUGAAAUGAGAUCAAAAUUCGAUGUUUGGAACAUCAAAUAUGGGAGCAAAGAAUCUGUGGAAUUACUGCUGGAAGACUGGCAUAAAUUUAUUGAAGAAAAAGAGUUCCUAGCUCAACUUGAAGCUUCUUUUCAAAAAUGUGAAGAAAUGAAUCAGAAUUUGGCUGGAGACUAUCAGACUAUUAGUAAGCAAUAUAUGACGGUGGAUUAUAAUAUUUGUAUAUAUAGAAAAUAUAUAUAUACUGUGAAGUCCACUCUAGAAAAAGUUCUGGCAUGUUGGACUACUUACGUGGAACACCUUCGCUUACUAAAGGCUUGUUUUGAGGAUACAAAGAAGGAAAAAGUUAAAGAGGUUCCCUUUGAGACACUAUCCCAAUGGAAUCUAGAGCAUACCACUUUAAAUGAAGUGGGAGAUUUCUUAAUUGAGGUCAGUGAUGAUGAAGUUGGAUCAUCUAUUUCUAAAGAACUGAGAAGACUGAAUAAAAGAUGGAGAAAGUUUGUUACAAAAACUCCGCUUGAAAUGAAUCUGCCGCUUUUGAAAAAACAGAGUCAGCCCGUUCUUGACACUGCUGGAAAUAUUCAGCUAACUAAAGAAGAAAAAUCAACUAUUGGUUUUUCAACAGACAUGUCAAUAAAACCUCCUGAAAAUCACAAUCCAGAUUUGAAGGCUGGAGAAGAACAUGAAAAAGAAAAUGAAGAAUUAACAGAAAAACUGAAACUGGUUGAAGAGGUUGAAAAACUCGUUGGACAAGUGGGAAUCUGGGAGGCAGAAACCAAAUCUGUUUUGGAUCUUGUGAGACAUCAAAAUGAUGUAGAUACAUCAGUAGAAGAAUCUUUGCAGCAUCUUAUUGCCAAAGGAUCUAUGUAUGAAGAGCUUAUGGCUAGAACUGAAGAUACUUUGCAAAUGGAUGUACAAAAUAUUUCAAGCCAGGAGUCCCUUCAACACAUUCUCACAGUUGGGCUUCAGGCAAAAAUUCAAGAAGCUAAAGAGAAAAUCCAGAUUAAUAUAAUACAACUAGUUGCAGUGCUGAAGAACCCAACUGAUGUCUCACCAGAAUUGGAUGUCAGGCUGAAGGUGGAAGAAUUGCAGAAGGAGCUUGAAUCGUACAUUACUAGGGCUGAGCAGUUACUUGCACAGAGAGAGAGCCACAGCGGACUAAUUUCAAAAUAUAAGGAAGCACUGAUAAUUUUUAAUUCUGUAAGUCUUGCCCAGUAUUUGAAAGCUGUUGAAGAACUGAAAAAUAAUGUAACUGAGGAUGUAAAGCUGUCUUUGGAAGAAAGGAGUAGAGAUGCCUGUGCAAAGUGGGAGUCUCUUCAUCAUGAACUGUCUUUAUACAUUCAACAACUAAAAAUAGACAUUGAAAAAGGAAAACUUACUGAGAAUAUUUCAAAACUUGAAAAACAAAUAAAUAAAGAAAAGAAACUAAUUCGUAGAGGAAAGACCAAGGGUCUCAUCAAGGAACAUGAGGCUUGCUUUUCUGAGGAAGGCAAUCUCUACCAGCUUGAUCACCACAUAGAAGUCCUGAGGGAGCUAUGUGAAGAACUGACUUCACAGAAGAGUCAACAAGAAAUGAAGAGAGUACUUAAAGAUUAUGAACAAAGGAUAGAAAGACUUAGGAAAUCUGCUUCCGAAAUUCAUAUGACCCUGCAACCCAUGGCGGGAGGCAUGUCUAAAAAAAAGGGGACUGUGAACACAUCUGAGAAUGGAGGAAGAGAUGUCCACAGUGAGGUGCCAUUUGCAAAAUCAGAUAAUCAGCCAUCAACUGAAAAGGCAACGGAACCAGUUAAGAAUUUUAGCCUAGAAUCAGAGUUAGAGCCUCAACAUGAAGAAGACAUGGAGAAGAAUGAAAAGGAUUACAGUGCAUCUAUAAAUAGUUUACUAGAGAGGUAUGAUACACACAGAGAGAUUCUUGAACUACACCUGCAAAACAACAAAUGCAGGAUUACUUCUGAUUUCUCUAGUGACAAAGAAAUGAGUAGUGAUUGUCUUCAGGAUACACUGACAGAUUUACGGGUCUUAAAAAAUGAAACUGAUGCUUACUGGAAAGAAUUUGAAAUCACUUCACUGAAGUUAGAAAAUCUUGUGAGUGACAUACAGAAGCCAGUUAUAGCUAAGACAAGAGACAUAUUAAAGGGAAAAGAAAGAGAGCUUCAGAUGACCCUCAGUGCCAGAAUGGAGUCUAUGGCGACUGCAUUGCAGAUUGUGUUACCGGUGGAGAAGGCAUCACUUGUUCUCUGUAACUCGGACCUACUUCUCCAUGAGAUACCCAUUCAGGAAUUUCACCUGACUGAUGCUGGUAGCAUUUAUCAAAACCUGAAGAAUAUCCAAGAUUCCAUAGCAAAACAGAUUGAAAUAUGUGACAAUUUGGAAAAGUCAGGCAAUUUUGCCCUGAAGGAAUUACACCCAUUUGACCUACAUGCAACUCAAAGUAUUAUACUGAAAUGCAAAGCACAACUUGAAGAAAUGAACCACAAGGUUCAUAGGAGUGAAGGGACCCUUAAAAAUCUGGAAGAUUUUUUGGCUUCUCUAAGAACAGCUGAACUGUCUAUUGAGCCUAUGACAGAUCUUUUAGCCUCAGAAACACAGGUGUUACCAGAAAAUACUUCGACAAUAGAAAACGAAGAGGGAAAAAUUCAUCUGAUGAAAGACAAGGCCAGACGUUUGGAUAAACAUUUGAAGAUGCUUGAUAUAAGCUUUAAAGAUGCUGAAUGGGGUGAAGAUAGCUCCUGUGAAAAACUUAUUGAUGUUUUGUCAGCAAAGUUCGGUGUCUAUGAGGAACCCACUGAGGAAAAGAAAUUACUAGAGAUUUGCGUUUUGAAAAAUAAUGAACUCCUUAAAAAUAUUCAGGAUGUGCAGAAUCAAAUUAGUAAAAUCGGUCUUAAGGAUCCGAGCAUUCCAGCCGUAAAGCAAAGGAAAAAAUCAUUGAUCAGAGUGGAUAAGGAUCUAGAUGAAUAUGAAGAAGAGAAGAAACACUUGCAAGAAAUGGCUAAUUCUCUUCCACAAUUCAAAGAUGGCCGAGAAAAAACUCUGAACCAGCAGUGCCGAGAUACAGUACUCUUGUGGGAGAAUACAAAAGCUUCGGUUGCUGAAUGCCUUGAACAGUGUGAAAGAGUUUUGGAACUCUUAAAACAGUAUCAGAAUUUCAAAAAUGUCUUAACAACUUUGAUUCAAAAAGAAGAGAAUGUCAUCUCACUUCAGGCUUCGUACAUGGGAAAGGAGAACCUGAAGAAGAGAAUAACAGAGAUUGAAAUUGUCAAAGAGGAAUUUAAUGAACAUUUAGAAGAUGUAGACAAGAUAAACCAGAUCUGCAAAAAUCUGCAAUUCCACCUAAAUAAAAUGAGAACCUUUGAAGAGCCGCCUUUUGAGAAAGAGGCUAAUGUUAUUGUGGAUAGAUGGCUUGAUAUAAAUGAGAAGACAGAAGACUACUAUGAAAAUCUUGGCCGAGCUCUGGCUUUGUGGGACAAACUUUUUACUUUAAAAGAUGUCAUUGAUGAAUGGAUUCAAAAGGUCCAUCAAAGAUUGGAAUUACAUGCACUGACAGAAGAGGAAAGAGAAGGGCUGAAGGAAGAGUUAUGGGUCCAAGAACAAAAACUUCCAGAUUUUUUUGCAAGAGUAGCUGAAAUACAAUUUCUACUUCAAACCAGUGAAGUACCUCUUGAAUUGCAGGUCAUGGAGUCUUCGAUUUUGAACAAAAUGGAGCAUGUAAAAAUGGGUUUGACAGGUGAAUCCAACCGCUGCACACUCAGUGGUAACACAGAUGAGCUAAGAGAAGAUCUCGACCAGGCGAAAACCCAGAUUGGAAUGACCGAAUCCCUCUUAAAUGCCCUUUCUCCUUCAGACAGCUUGGAAAUCUUUACUAAACUAGAGGAGAUACAACAGCAAAUUCUGCAGCAAAAACACAGUAUGAUAUUACUUGAGAAUCAAAUAGGCUGUAUGACUCCGGAACUCUCUGAAUUAAAGAAGCAAUAUGAAAGUGUCAGUGAUUUAUUUAAUACCAAAAAAAGUGUUUUGCAAGAUCACUUUUCUAAUUUAUUGAAUGAUCAGUGCAAGAACUUCAAUGAUUGGUUCAGCAACAUUAAAAUGAACCUUAAGGAAUGUUUUGAUUCAUCAGAAACCAGAAAGAAUGUGGAACAAAAGCUACAAAAACUUUCUGAUUUCCUGACUCUUGAAGAAAGAGACAGUAAAAUACAGCAGGUAGGAACUGUACUGAAUCAGGUGAAGAAGCAUCUACCCAAAGCGAAUGUUAAAGAGCUUAGCAGUUGGAUUACGAAUCAAGAAUUUGAGUUAGAAAAUAUGGAGUCCAUAUGCCAGGCACAGGCAAAGGAGCUUGAUGACUGCUUACAGCAGCUACAGAGACUCCAGGAGAACCACAGAAACCUAAGUAGUUGGCUGACUAAUCAAGAAAAGAAAUGGAAAGAAAUGAAAGAGUCAAGAGAGAAAGCUGAGUUGUUUUGCCAAGCCUUAGAUAGAAAGAGGGAACAAUUUGAAUCUCUGGCCCAGUUGAACAACUCUUUGAAGGAAUAUGGGCUUACUGAAGAAGAAAUAAUAGCUGAAUCAACACAUUUGAUUGAUAAAUAUCAGACAUUAUUGAGACAAUUAUGUGAAAUUGAGGAAGAAGAAAAGUUACUUCCUACCAAGGACCAGAGCUUUAAUGAUCUUGCUGAUGAUGUAAUUCACUGGAUAACAGAGAUUAAAGAGUCCCUUAUGGUUUUGAAUUCACCUGAAGUCAAAAUGCCACUUGAAGAACGAAUCAAAAAAAUAAAGGAAAUCAUUUUACUAAAGCCUGAAGGGGACGCUAAAAUACAGACCAUCACAAAGCAGGCUGAGAGCGGCAAGCCUCCCAUGGUUCAGAAGACUCUUGAUAUCAGGAAUAAGUGGGACAACACACUCCAUUUAGCCAACAAGUAUCUAAGCCAUCAAGAAAAGCUUUUGCUGGAAGGAGAGAAGUAUUUGCAAAGCAAGGAGGAUCUGAGGCUCAUCCUUACAGACCUAAAGAAGACACAAGAAGCAGGCCUUGCUCUGCAAAAUGGUUUGCAGGAGAAGAAAUCUCAGUUAAAAAAAUAUGAAAAAUUCCUCCAGAAAGCACAGGAUUUGACAUCCUUGCUAAAGGGAUCAAAAUCUGAAGGAAAUUACCUCUUGGAAUGUACUAAAAAUCCCAACUUAAGUGAAGAUCCUUGGCUGGAAAUAAAGCAGCUACACGAAAGUCUUCUUCAACAACUACAGGAUUCUGUGCAAAAAUUGGAAGGUCAUGUUCAAGAGCACGACACGUACCAGGUUUGUGUCACAGACCUGAAUGCCACGUUGGACAAUUUCUGCAAAGAACUUGACAGUUUUUCUGAUAAGCCUGUGGAUCAAGUAGCAGUUGAGGAAAAAUUGAAGAAACUGCAGGAACUAGAGAAUAAACUCAGUUUACAAGAUGGUACAUUAGAGAAGAUUUUAGCUUUAGCAGAAUCCGUCCAGCAAAAUACAUCUUCAGUGGGACAGAAGAUUAUUAAGGACCAUAUAACAUCACUUAAGUGUAAACAAAAAGAUCUGGUAAACAGACUUGAAUCUGCUAAGCAGGAGACGGAGAAUUGUCUCAAUAGCAUCCUCAAAUCAAAAUACUCGACAGAAAAGAAAGAAGAGUUUACUCUGCCAGGUGGAGAGAAGCAGGUCACUUGUGAUAUGCUGGAGUCCACUCAGAACUUGGCUGCCGUGGAAAAGUUGGAGGAAGUUGGGGAAAUAAACAAGAAUUCAGCUGUGGAAAUGGUUUUGUCAAAACAACUUUCUCUCCGUCUCGAAGACAGCAUGAAGAACGCUGAAGAUGAGCAGAAAGUCAAUGAGCUGCAAAAUCAACCUUUAGAAUUAGAUAUUAUGUUAAGAAAUGAACAAUUAAAAGAGAUAGAGAAAUUAUAUACCCAGUUGGAAGCAAAGAAAGCAGCCAUUCAGCCACUGGAGCAAACUGAACAUCUCAACCAAAUAGAAGCAAGUGCUUUGGUUCCCCAAAAUACAAGAUAUUCAGUGCACAACUUGGACCAUCUGCUUCAGGUGCUUACUACCUUGAAGAAAAAUAAAGAAAGCCAAUAUUGUCUCCUUAAAGAUUUUCAGGAACACUUUGCUGCAGUUGAAUCUUCAAUGAAAGCAUUGUUGGCAGAAAAGGAAAGCCUAAAAGUGGGAGCACUGGACAUUGCAACCUAUCUGGAUAAAAUUAAAAACUUCCUGGCAUCAAUAGAAAAAGAAAAGGAUUCUUUAUGCAAACUGAGAAUCAAGUGGGAGAAUGUAUCAAACCCUCUGACUGACAUGGAUAAGAAGCUGUUGGAAAGCCAGAUUAAGCAGCUUGAGCAUGGUUGGGAACAAGCGGAACAACUGAUUCAGAAGAAGUAUGCUCAACAAGUAGUGGAGUAUGAUGAAUUUAACCUCCUUAUGAGUAAGAUCCAGGACAUUGAGAUUUCUUUGCAGCAACAGCAGCAAUGUCUGCAGUUCAGGCUGAGGUCUCCGGAACAACAGGAAGGGAACCAAAGCUUGGUUUCCCUGGCCACUGAACUCGAGGCUAUCAAGCAUAGAUUUUCUCUUUUAAAGGGAAGAGCUGACCUUCAGAUGAAGAGGAUUUGGGGGGAAAAAGAGAAGAAGACUUUGGAAGAUGUAAUCAGUAAUUUGCAGAAGCAACUGGAUGCUUUGGAGCCAUUAAACCUAGAGGUGAAAAAUCAGAUCAAGAAGUGUGAAAUAAAGAAUGAGAUGAAAGAGACUAUUUUAUGGGCCAAGAAUCUGUUGGGUGAAUUCAUUCACACUGUUUCCCUUCUCCCAGAUGACAUUCUUUCCCAGAUAAGAAGGUGUAAGGUGAUGCAAGAUGGCAUUCUGGAGAAGCAGCCAGUGCUGGAAUCUUUGGCGGAAGAGGUCAAAGGUAAUGUUACUCACCUGUCAGCAGAUGAAGCCAAUGAUUUAAAUAACCUCCUACAGGAUUUGCAGAAUCAAUUCCAAAUGCUAAUUUUAGAAUCUGCUCAGAGGUCACAGCAAUUAGAAUUUAAACUGGAAGAAAAGAGCAAAUUUUUCACAGCAAUGGAGAAGGUUCAACUUUCCCUUCAAGGUAACGAAACAUUGAUAAUUCCCAAGUUGGAAACAACCCCCACAGAAUCCGAACUUGGAAAUCAGCUUGUCACUUUGAAGACCUCUCAAGAAGAAUUGCAAGAAACGGAAAGUGUAAUCUCAACGUAUCUUCAGGAACUAGCAAACUUCUCUAAGGAUGUAAGUGUGUUUGAAAAGUUAUUUCUGACUGAUCAAUUGAAAAAUCUUAAGACUAGGGCCAACAGAACCCAAAGACUUAUUCAGAAUAAAAGUGAUGAAGUAGAGCACAAGAUAAAUUUUUACAAAGAAUUUCAUGAUAAAAUAUCUAGGCUCCAGAAGGAGGUUGACAAUAUACAGCACAGUGAACUGCUGUUAAAUCAAGAAAUAAAUCAAGAUGUUAAAGAGGAGUUUUGUAAUUUUAAAGAUAGACUAACUGUUAUUCAAUCUAGCAUCUUGCAAAUAUUAAAACUGAAAGAAGUGUUUGACUAUAUAGGAUUAAACUGGGAUUGUGCACAGCUUGACCAAUUGCAAACCCAAGUAUUUGAAAAACAAAAGGAAAUUGAGGAAAAAAUUAAGCAGUUGGACUCAUUUGUUGCAGAACAUGGCAAAUACCAAGCAUCUCUACGUAAAAUGAGGGCCAUGGAUGCAAAAAUUAAAGAAAAGGCUGAAGCAGUACUGAAAUCUUUUAGUACUUCACCAGAAAGUAGUCUGCUUAGUGCCCAAAUUUUGAAUCAGAAAAUCGAGAAAGCCAUGUGUUUGUAUCAUGAAAUAAUAAAGAAAUUAAGUGAAAAUAAGGCCUUUGAUGAGUCAUUCAAAGAGAAAGAAAUACUACAAAUAAAGCAGUAUACAGAAGAAAAUGAUAAGUUACACCAAGUUCUCCAAAACUUGGUACUGGAAUUGCAACCGAAAGAAAUGGAUGAAAAGAAUUUUCAGGACAAGCUGGAAAAUUCUUUGCAUGUUUUAAAUCAGAUAAAAUCUCAGUUACAGCAGCCUUUACUUAUAAAUUUGGAAAUUAAACAUAUUCAAAAUGAAAAAGAUAAUUGUGAAGCGUUUCAAGAACAAAUCCAGGCGGAAGUUUUUAGCAUUAAAGCUGUGACUGUCAUUGGUAAGCAAAGUGAAAAAGAACACGCUUCAGAAGCUAGUGAAGUGGAGACAAAAUUACGUGACUUUGAAGAUCUUCAAACACAGCUUAAUGCAAGCAUUGUUUUGCACACAAAUGCCUUGAAUGAUGCUUAUGAAAAUAUGACACGCUAUAAUGAAGCAGUCACCAGGGCAUUGGGGAUCACCACUGCCCUGGAAGCCGUCCUUGCAUCCCACAGAGUAGAUCUUGAUAAUCCAGAAGAGUCACUAGAGAUGCCUCGUUGGAAACAAGAGGAAUUCGAAUCGACAAUAGCGGACAUCCGGGACCUCAGUGAGAAAUUGGGAGCUAUAUCCAACCCUGAAGCCAGACUACGACUUGAGUAUACUUUACAGGGAUUAAGUUCUAAGGAUUCAACCAUGAGGGAGGCAGCCAGAAUAGGGGAAGCUGAGAUGGAAAGGUGUCUUGAGGAUUACAAAUGCUAUAGCAAAAUUAAAGAGAAAAUUUGCACUAAUUUCAGCGAAGUGGAGAAAGUUCUCGGGCAGUCCAUGUCCCAGUUGCCGCUGUCUUACAAAGAAGCUUUAGAGCACUCAGAACAGAGCAAGGCUUUGGUAUCAAAUCUUCUAUCAACUAAAGAAGAGUUAAUGAAACUACGGCAGGUCCUCAGUCGCUUGAGACCUCUGUGCACAGAAAAGGAUGGCAUGUGUUUGCUCAGAACUGUGUCUGCCCUGUGGGAGAAGUGGUUACGUUUGCUGGAAGCUGCUAAGGAAUGGGAGAUGUGGUGUGAAGAGCUAAGGCGGGAAUGGAAAUUUGUCAGUGAAGAAAUUGAAAGAGAAGCAAUUAUCUUAGAUAAUCUUCAAGAAGAACUGCCUGAAAUUUCCAAAACAAAAGAAGCAGCCACCACAGAGGAGCUCUCUGAGUUGCUAGACUGCCUAUGCCAAUAUGAAGAGAAUGUGGAGAAGCAGCAGCUGUUAUUAACCCUACUUUUUCAGCGCGUAAAAAGUAUCCAGAACGUUCCUGAAGACUUAAGGCCUAUGGAAACUAUUCCAGCAUUUCAAGAGAUUGCAUCUAUGAAAGAACGGUGUAUCCAGCUUUUUCAGAAAGUUCAAAAAAAUAAGGAGUUGGUACAGACUGAAAUCCAAGGAAGACAUUCUGUCAAAAAAGAAAUAAUGGCUUUGAAGAAUUUAUUUCAACGGACUUCCUUUCAAGUUAUGGAAUUACAGGAUCACCCAGAAAAGACAGAACAGUUGCAGGAGCUUCAAAGCACUCUGAAGAAAGAGAAGCUAACUUUUGAGGAUAUUAUGGAAAAACUGCGAAUCAAGUAUUCUGAAAUGUAUACCAUAGUCCCUGCAGAGAUUGAAUCCCAGAUGGAAGAAUGCCGAAAAGCUUUAGAAGACGUAGAGGAGAAGAUUAGCAACGAAGUCUUGAAAAGCUCACCGUCAUAUGCAAUGAGUCAAAAAAUAGAGGAAAUUAAUAGUGGGCUUCAUAAUGUUGAAAAGAUGUUACAGCAGAAAAGCAAAAACAUUGAGAAAGCUCAUGAAAUUCAAAAGAAAAUGUGGGAUGAGCUAGAUCUCUGGCAUUCUAAGCUAAAUGAACUGGAUUCUGAAGUUCAGGACAUUGUUGAACAGGACCCAGGACAGGCCCAAGAGUGGAUGGAUAAUCUGAUGAUCCCCUUCCAGCAGUAUCAGCAAGUAUCACAGAGAGCGGAGACUAGAACCUCACAGUUAAAUAAGGCCACAAUUAAGAUGGAGGAAUAUAAUGACCUUUUGAAAAGCACUGAAGUUUGGAUAGAAAAUACCAGUCGUUUGCUUGCCAAUCAUGCAGACUAUGACUCUUCAAGGACACCAAGUCAGCAUGCUGUCGCCCUGCAGCAUUGGCAGGCAUUGAUUUUUCAAAUGACACUUAAAAUGGCUUUGGAAGAUUCAGAACAGAAGUACAAUCUUUUAUAUUCAGUUUUCUCAGAUCUAGAAGACUUGUCAAUAAUUUUUGAAACAGAUGACUUAGCACAGUCGGUCCAGCAGUUAAGUAGUCAAGUAACAGCGUUACAACAAAAAAUAAUGGAAAGCCUUCCACAGAUUCAGCGAAUGGCUGAUGAUGUGGUUGCUAUUGAAACUGAAGUAAAAUCAAUGGAGAAAAGAGUUUUAAAAAUCAAAGCUAUCCUGUUGUCAAAGGAAAUAUUUGAUUUUUCACCUGAAGAACAUCUUAAGCAUGGGGAGGUUGUACUUGAAAAUAUACAUCCCAUGAAGAAAACCAUUGCUGAGAUAGUGUCUUAUCAAGUAGGACUGAGGUCACCCCAGACAGGAAUUAAAUCUCUGCCUGUGUUUCAGCGGACAAAUCAGCUUUUACAAGAUAUAAAAUUGUUGGAAAAUGUGGCUCAAGAAGAAAAUGAGUUAUUAAAGAUAGUCAUAAAACAGAUUAAUGAAUGCGAUGAAGAAAUAGAAAAUUUGAAAGAGAUAUUAAAUAAUUAUUCAGCUGAGUUCUCUCUUGAACGUAUGUCACCAGACCAAGCUGUCAGCCUGCCACAAGUACAGGGAGAAAUCAGCAAUAUGGAAGCGCAAAUUCUGAGUCUAAACCAGAAAAAAGAAGACCUGUUGGUGCACUUGAAGGCUGCAGUACUAAACCUUCACCAGCAUUUGAAGCAAGAACAUGAAUUAGAAAAAGAAAUGCCGUCGGCUGCUACACCUGAAGAGGGCGGAGUGGCUGAGGGGGAUGUUUCUGAAUGGGAGUUGAGCAGAACGGGCUCCAUGUCUCUCCUGCCCGCAGUCAUGGAAGAGAUGGAGGAGAGCUCCGUGAAGAGUGAAAAUGGAGAUAAAAAAGCAGAAGCGUCUUCCAGUUCUUGGUCUUUACUCCGGGAGCAUGACGAAGACACGGAGGAAGACAGAGCGUCCUUGUCUUCUAGAACCAUCAUUCAGGGUGCCACACCUCCUAUCGAGGCUGCAGCUCUGGGCUUUCCUGGUGAGCAACGAGCUUUUGAGGCCACGGUGGAGAAAACAAGGCCCGAGCCUGCUGAGGUCCUCCAUGUCUGCAAGACCCAGGUAGCUGAGCUAGAGCAGUGGCUGGACCAAGCCAACGUGGCAUUUGAGCCGGAAACAUUAAACGCUGGCAUGCAGCAGGUGGUGGAACAGCAGCUGGUCGGGUGCCAGGCUAUGCUAACAGAGAUCGAGCACAAAGUGGCUUCUCUGUUGGACAGCUGCAAAGAUCAGGGCCUGGGAGAUAGUGGAGACACUCAACAAGAGGCUGAAGCACUUUCCUUGAAACUAAAAACUGUGAAAUGUAACUUGGAAAAGUUCCAGAUGAUGCUUCAGGAGAAAUAUAGUGAGGAUCAGUAUUCUACCAUUGUAAAGAAACCUUCAGGACAUAAAAAAAUUCUCCAAGAUAACCUUCCUGCAUUUGUAUCUAUUGUAACUGAAAGGCCACAAUUUAGCAGACAAAAGGAUUUCCAGCAGCAACAGGUCCUGGAGUUAAAGCCAGUGGAGCAGAAAGAUUUAAUCAAAUUCAUAGAAUUUAAUGUUACAAAAAUGUGGCCCCAGUAUUCCCAACAAGAUAAAGAAACAACUCAGGAAUCAUCUUUGAGCGAUAAGGCAUCUAGCCCCCAAAAUGAUGCCCCAGAUGCAGCCUUUUCAGCCCAAGGCCAAAGUGGAGAUAAAUGGCAAUAUUUACAACAUAAACUAUCAUCAAAAAUACAGCUACCUUCAUCUCAGCUUGUGGCGCCUCAGGUUGUCACAAAUAUGAGUAUUCUACCCAGUGUAGGUGUGUAUAACUUUAGAUACCCAACAAUUGAAGAACUGCAAACCUAUACCGUCCAACUUGAAGACCUACGUCAAGAAGCAAAUAAUCUCCAGACACAGGAAAAUGUGACAGAAGUAACAUAUAUAAAUUUGGAUAAAAAAUUAUUUGAACUACUUCUGGCUCUCAGUCAGUGUCUUAGCAAUGUGGAGGAGAUGCUGCAAACCCCUGCACUUUGCAGGGGGGAUGUUCACACCCAGCAAGUACAUUAUGAGGCUCUGGCUCUUGAGUUGAAAAAGCUUUAUUUAGCUAUGAGUGACAAGAAGGGUGAGCUUUUGAAAGCUAUGACUUGUCCUGGCAAGAACACCAACUUGUUCCUUGAAUGUUUUGAUAAUCUCCAAGUGUGCCUGGAGCACACCCAGGCUACAGCUGCCUCUCAAAGCAAGUCCCUGAAAGCUGGCCUCGACUAUAAUUGCAGUUAUCAGAAUGAAGUAAAGCAAUUAUAUGAUCAACUUACUAAGAAUAAAACAUCUUUACAACAGUCUUUAAAUGAAAUUAGUAGCCAGCGUAUUGAUGAACAGUUGCAGAAAACAGAUGCAUAUACAAUGGAACUACUUAACUCCGAGAGCCGAGUGGCAAAACUAAGAGACGAAGGGGAGCGACUUCAUUUGCCUUACGGUUUACUCCAAGAGGUUUACAAAUUAGAGGAUGUACUUGACAGUAUGUGGGAGGUCCUAAGAUCCAGGUACUCAGAACUCAGCCACCCUUUCAUCACUGAGAUUCAGCAGGAUGCUUUGUUGCAAGGCAUGGUGGAACUGGUACAUAUCGGGAGGGAGAAGCUUGCCCGUGACCACUUACAGCAAACCAAAAGUAAAGGUGCUUUACAGGCUCAGAUACAGGAUCACAAGGUUUUUUUCCAGAAGCUUGUUGCUGACAUGUUUUUGAUCCAAACAUAUUCCAACAAAAUGUUCCCUUCAUUAUUGCAAAAGAAAGAGGCAUUUUGGGCAGAACAAGUCAAAGAAGUGAAAUUACUAGAGGAAAAGUCACAUGAGCGUGGCAUGAAGCUGCAGAGUUUGUUGCAGAAAUGGGAAGACUUUGAUGAAAACUAUGCAUCUCUUGAAAAGGAACUGGAAAUUCUUAUAUCUACUUUGCCCUCUGUGAGUUUGGUGGAAGAAACAGAGGAAAGAUUAAUGGAAAGAAUUUCAUUUUACCAGCAAAUAAAAAGAAACAUUGAUGAAAAGCAUGCCCGGCUAUACCAGACUCUGAAUGAAGGCAAACAGCUGGUGGCUUCUGUGAGCUGUCCGCAAGUGGAGGGCCAGAUUUCAAAACUGGAAGAGCAGUGGUUGUCCCUAAAUAAAAAAAUCGACCAUGAACUACACAGACUUCAAACACUUCUCAAGCAUCUCGUCAGCUACAACAAAGAUUCAGAUGAGUUAACCGAGUGGUUGGAAUCUUCUCAGCAAACUCUGAAUUACUGGAAAGAACAGUCCCUCAAUGUAUCUCAGGACUUAGAUACAAUAAGAAGCAACAUAAACACCUUUUUUGACUUUUUAAAGGAAGUUGACAAAAAGUCCUCCUUGAAGACAGCAGUUAUAAGUACCGGGAACCAACUUCUUCACCUGAAAGAAGCUGAUACAGCUACGCUGAGAGCUUCUUUGGCUCAAUUUGAACAAAAAUGGACAAUGCUCAUAACUCAACUUCCCGAUAUUCAAGAAAAACUUCACCAGCUUCAGAUGGAGAAAUUGCCGUCUCGUAAAGCAAUCACAGAAAUGAUUAGGUGGAUGACCAGUGUAGAGCAUCAAACUGCAGAUGAAGACUCUGUGCUCUCACCAAGUUCUGCAUCGCAAGUUAAAAACCUUCUUCACAAGUACAAGGAGUUUAGAAUGGAAAUGGACUAUAAACAAUGGAUAGUUGACUUUGUUAACCAGUCAUUACUGCAGUUAAGCACUUGUGACGUAGAAAGUAAGCGCUAUGAAAGAACGGAAUUUGCAGAGCAUCUGGGAGAGAUGAACCGCCAAUGGCACCGGUUACAUGGAACACUGAAUAGAAAGAUACAACAUUUCGAACAACUUUUGGAAAGCAUCACUGAGAAUGAAAACAAAAUACAGAUCCUGAACAACUGGAUGGAGGUGCAAGAAGAGAGACUGAAAACUUUACAAAAACCUGGAAGUGUGAUCUCAGUCCAGAAGACCCUCCUGGACUGUCAGGAUAUAGAAAAUCAACUUGCAAUUAAAUCCAAAGCCCUGGAUGAGCUGAGACAAAGUUCCCUGACUCUGGAGAGCGGCACAAUGCCGUUACUAGAAGAUACAGCAUCUGCAAUUGACGAUUUAUUUCAAAAGAGGAACAGUGUUCUCAAUCAGGUCAAUCAGCUCAAAACCUCCAUGCAGUCAGUUUUACAGGAGUGGAAAAUUUAUGAUAAACUCUUUGAUGAAGUGAAUAUGAUGACAGUCCGAUUCUGGUACUGCCUGGAACACAGCAAGCCUGUGGUUUUGUCAUUGGAGGCCUUGAGAUGCCAGGUGCAGACCCUUCAGGCUCUUCAAGAUGAAGCUGAGAGCAGUGAAGGAAGUUGGGAGAAACUCCAAGAGGUUAUUGGUAAACUCAAAAAUUCCUGCCCCUCAGUUGCUGAAAUAAUUGAAGAGAAAUGCCAAGAUACCUAUACAAGGUGGACCCAAGUCAACCAAGCCAUCUCAGAUGAGUUGCAGAAGGCCCAGAGUCUGCUGCAACUCUGGAAGGCGUAUGGCAGUGCUCACGCUGAAGCCACAGCAAGGCUGGAGCAGCAGGAAGCCAAGUAUCGACAGCUUGCAAGUAUCAGCAUGUCUGGAAACAACUUGGCAGAAAUCCUGACCCCAGCCCUGCACGACAUAAAGGAGCUCCAGCAUGAUGUGCAGAAAACAAAAGAAGCACUUCUUCAAAAUGCCGCUCUUCUGGAGCGACUCCCAACCUCUGCAGAGUCCAGCCCCGACGUGCUCCUCUCCGGUCAAUCGCACUCCUUCCAAAGGGCUUCUUAUUUGGAGAAGAUGCUGCUUGUGAAAGGAAAUGAAUUUGAGUUUGUUCUCUCACAGUUUAAGGAUUUUGAAGACCACUUGGAAUCUCUAAAAGGUCUUAUUAUGCAUGAAGAAGAGAACUUGGAUAAACUCUACCAGCAAGAAAAGGAAGAAAACUUUGACUCAAUCCUGAAUCAUGUGCUGGCACUGACAGCCCAGUCACCUGAUAUUGAACAUUUGAAUGAAGUCAGCCUCAAGCUGCCACUUAGUGACAUAGCUGUAAAGACAUUACAAAAUAUGAACCGGCAGUGGAUCCGGGCCACAGCGACAGCGCUGGAACGCAGCAGUGAGCUUCAGGGAAUUGGAUUGAAUGAAAAGUUUCUUUACUGUUGUGAAAAAUGGGUCCAGCUUCUGGACAAGAUAGAAGAAAUGCUGAAAGUGAACAUGGCCAGCAAUCUUCAAGCUCUCCUGGAACAGCAGAAAUCCUAUGAGAUGUUAGAAGCUGAAGUUUCUAUAAACCAGACAAUUGCUGACUCUUUUGUCACCCAGUCCUUACAACUCCUGAACACAGCAGAAGUAGAGAAGAGACCGGAGUUUGUUUCGAAAUUUACGAUGCUGAAGGACCAGUGGCAGAGUGCUGCCCAGAGGGUUCAUCAGAGGAAGGGUGACAUCGAUGUGCUAGUGAGGCAGUGGCAGUACUUCAGCGCCUCUGUAGAGGACUUGCUCCGUUUCCUCACUGACACCAGCCACCUGCUGUCUGUGGUGAGGAGCCAGGAUUGCUACAGUCUCUACCAAACAAGGAGUCUGAUCCACGAGUUCAAGAAUAAAGAAAUUUAUUUUCGGAGAAGACAAACCGCCUAUGCACUAACCUUGGAAGCUGGGGAAAAGUUACUGAGCGUAACUGACCUGGAAACUAAAGAAUCAAUUGACAAGAAAAUCAGACAACUUCAGGACAGCUGGAAGGGUACAGAACUUCAAGUAGGAGAAAUGAUUAAACAUUUCCAGAGCCUUGUAGAGACUUGGGACCAGUGCGAAAAGAAAAUCAAGGAGUUGAAAAGCAGGCUGCAAGCUUUAAAGGCAAAAAGUAAAGAUCCUCUUCCAGAACUUCAUGAGGACCUGCAUAAAGAAAAGGAGCUGAUUAAGGAACUAGAGAAGUCUUUGGCUAACUGGACUGAGAACUUGAGAGAACUUCACACCAUGAAGGCUGACCUAACCCAGCACAUUCUUGUGGAGGACGUGAUGGUUUUGAAAGAGCAAAUUGAGCAUUUGCACAGACAAUGGGAGGACCUCUGCUUAAGAGUGGCUAUGCGCAAACAGGAGAUUGAAGACAGACUCAAUUCAUGGAUUGUGUUCAAUGAAAAGAAUAAAGAUUUGUGUGCAUGGCUGGUGCAGAUGGAAAACAAAGUUCUACAGACAGCCGAUAUUAGUAUUGAAGAAAUGAUUGAAAAGCUACAGAAGGAUUGCAUGGAAGAAAUAAACACGUUUAGCGAAAACAAGUUCCAGUUGAAGCAAAUGGGAGACCAGCUGAUCCAGGCGAGCAACAAGACGAGAGCAGCUGAGAUCAAUGACAAGCUCAACAAAAUUAAUGAUCGUUGGCAACAUCUUUUUGACGUCAUUGGAUCAAGGGUGAAGAAGCUGAAGGAGACCUUUGCAUUUAUUCAGCAGUUAGACAAAAACAUGAGCAACCUUCGCACCUGGUUGGCUCGAAUUGAGUCUGAGCUUUCUAAGCCUGUUGUUUAUGACGUCUGUGAUGAUCAAGAAAUCCAGAAGAGGCUUGCUGAACAGCAGGACCUGCAGCGAGAUAUUGAACAACACAGUGCAGGGGUGGAGUCAGUGUUUAACAUCUGUGAUGUCCUGUUGCACGACUCUGAUGCCUGUGCCAAUGAGACAGAGUGUGACUCAAUACAGCAGACCACCAGGAGCCUAGACAGACGCUGGAGGAACAUUUGUGCCAUGUCAAUGGAGCGGCGAAUGAAAAUUGAAGAGACGUGGCGCCUGUGGCAGAAGUUUUUAGAUGAUUAUUCCCGCUUUGAGGACUGGCUCAAGUCAGCAGAGAGGACAGCAGCCUACCCAAAUUCCUCAGAGGUGUUGUACACAAGUGCCAAAGAAGAGCUGAAGAGGUUUGAGGCCUUUCAGCGGCAGAUUCACGAGAGGCUCACCCAGCUGGAGCUCAUCAACAAGCAGUACCGGCGGCUGGCCCGCGAGAACCGCACAGACACGGCCAGCAAAUUGAAGCAGAUGGUCCACGAGGGCAACCAGCGCUGGGACAACCUGCAGAAACGGGUCACAGCUGUGCUGCGGAGACUCAGACAUUUCACCAACCAGAGGGAGGAGUUUGAGGGGACCCGGGAGAGCAUUCUGGUGUGGCUUACUGAGAUGGACCUGCAGCUGACCAACGUGGAGCACUUCUCCGAGAGCGAUGCUGAUGACAAGAUGCGCCAACUGAAUGGUUUCCAACAGGAAAUUACAUUAAAUACCAACAAGAUUGACCAGCUCAUAGUUUUUGGGGAGCAGCUGAUUCAAAAGAGUGAGCCCCUAGACGCCGUGCUGAUUGAAGACGAGUUGGAGGAGCUGCACCGGUACUGUCAGGAGGUGUUCGGCAGGGUCUCCCGGUUCCACCGGCGGCUGACCUCCCGCACUCCGGGCAUGGAAGAUGAAAAGGAGGCCUCUGAGAAUGAAACAGACAUGGAAGACUCCAGAGAGAUCCAGAGUGACUCCUGGCGUAAAAGGGGCGAGAACGAGGAGGCCGCGUCUCCUCAGUCCCUUUGCCAUCUAGUGCCCCUGGCACCAGGACAUGAGCGGUCUGGCUGUGAGACCCCUGUCAGUGUGGACUCCAUCCCUCUGGAGUGGGAUCACACGGGCGACGUAGGGGGCUCCUCCUCUCAUGAAGAAGACGAGGAGGGCCCAUACUACAGUGCACUGUCAGAUGUAGAAAUCCCUGAAAAUCCUGAGGCCUAUCUUAAAAUGACCACAAAAACUUUGAAAGCAUCAUCUGGUAAAUCAAUUUCUGAUGGCCACUCAUGGCAUGUUCCUGAUAGCCCUUCCCAUCCCAAGCGUCACUACAAACAAAUGGAAGGUGAUAGGAACGUACCACCCAUCCCUUCAGAUUCCAGCACUCCCUACAAACCAGCUUACGCAAAGCUGCUCUUACCUCCAGGCACUGAUGGUGGCAAUGAAGGCCCAAGAGUCUUGGACAGCAGCCCCCAGCAGGAAGAGGAAGGGCUGGCUGGUCUAACUGUGCAGCAGACAGGUGCCUUUGACAGAUGGGAGCUGAUUCAAGCACAAGAACUUCACAACAAACUUAGAAUAAAACAAAACUUGCAGCAGCUGAACUCUGAUAUCAGUGACAUCUCCGCUUGGCUGAGAAACACUGAAACAGAACUAGAAACAUUAAAGACGGCAGCAGCCCCCUCCGAUAUCCAGGAAAUGGAACUCAGAGUGAAGAGGCUGAAGGAGAUCUUAAAAGCCUUUGACACCUACAAGGCAUUAAUGGUCACUGUCCACGAGAGCAGCAAGGAGUCUCUGCAAACUGAGAGCGCCGAGUCCAAGGAGCUCCAAAACAGACUCCACCAGCUGAGCCUGCACUGGGAGGCGGCGCAGGGGGCCGUGGACAGCUGGAGAGAGGGCUUGCGGCAGUCACUCAUGCAGUGCCAGGACUUCCACCAGCUGAGUCAGAGCCUGCUCCUGUGGCUAGCAAGUGCCGAGAACCGGAGGCAGAAGGCUCAUGUCACUGAUCCAAAGGCAGACCCCCAGGCUCUCCUGGAGUGUCAGAAAGCACUAAUGCAACUUGAAAAGGAGCUAUUGGAAUGUCAACCUCAAGUAGACUCCUUACAGGAGAUUUCAACCAGUCUUCUUAUUAAGGGGCAUGGAGAUGAUUAUAUUGAGGCUGAAGAGAAAGUACAUGUUAUUGGGAAGAAACUCAAACAGUUACUUGAGCAAGUGUCCCAGGAUUUAAUGUCCUUGCAGAGAAGCCAGAACCUAGACCCAUCUCUGCCUGGCUUCGACGGGGUCGACUCUAGUGGCCAGCACCCAGCAGCAUCCGUGCCAGCUACCCAAGCGAAGCAGGUUGGAGCUGAGAGAACUACAAAAGGCAAAAACGAGACGGACAGCAGGGUGCCUGGCCCCAGCAGCUCGCGGCCACAGCGCUCCUUCCUCUCCCGGGUGAUCAGGGCGGCACUGCCCCUGCAGCUGCUGCUUUUGCUGCUGCUGCUCCUGGCCUGCCUGCUGCCCUCCUCCGAAGAGGACUACAGCUGCACUCAGGCCAACAACUUUGCACGCUCUUUUUACCCCAUGCUGAGGUACACCAAUGGGCCACCCCCUACAUAGAGGGCCCUGCCCAGCCUGUGGGCCCCCAGCCCAACCUUUGAGCAACUCUUAACGAUUAGCAUGGCCCAGGAAGCUGUUGCAGACAUCUCCCUCUAGGCCUGGCGAGAGAGGGCUCUCUGCAGCACAGGAUGGCUUUCAAGUGAUGUACUUCCCCUGGAGCAGGGAGCCUGUGCAGGUUUUCCUCAGCGGAUUUGCAAAGCUAGUUGGUUGGUUUUGGGAUCUCUGGAAGCUACAGUUGCCUGAGGGAGCCAAGCACUUUGUGAAUUCUGAUUUAUUUGUAAAACACCAUUAUUAUAAUGUCGCUACUAUAGUCAAUGAGCCGUGGCCUUUAUCACAUAAUAUAUAUCAUAGAAAAAAGCCAGCAGAUUCUACCUUAGAAAUGGUUCCGAAACUUAUGCGCAGCCUCUGAGGAUUGACUGAAACAAUCAUAUUUAAAAUGUUUAGAAUUAAUUUUAUUCCAGUCAGCUACCAAUCUUGAGCUACAGGUGAUCAACCAAAAUGUUCUGUUCAGUACUUAGAUCUGCUCUUUUAUACUGCUUACAUUUUUAAAGAAAUCCUAUUGCAUGGAUGUGAUUAUUGUGCAUAUUUUUUAACAAUGCUGAAUCUGUAAGAAUAAUGUAAACUUUGAUUUUUUUUAAAAAAAAAGAAACCAGAUUUUAGCUUGAGCUUUUGACUAAAUGUACAGUAAAUGCCAAAACUACAGACUUGAUAGGGCUGUUUUUAUAAGUUAAUUUUGUAAGACUUUUCACAUUUAAAAUGAUGCUUCAAGUUUUGUUAAACUGUUUGGCCGCGGGGAUUGGUAUAGAAACUUCAAGUUGUCUGUGGUUUGUACAACACAGAUGUUUCUGAUAAAUAAAAAAAAUUAGCCAAACUGUUGUACUGGAUUAUA